GGUCGUGUUGUGGAAAAUAUAUCGAAAAGGUGUGGUGGGUUCCUGAGACAACUUAGUCUGAGAGGAUGUCUUGGUGUUGGAGACUCCUCUUUAAAGACCUUUGCACAGAACUGUAGAAACAUUGAACACUUAAAUCUAAAUGGGUGCACAAAAAUCACUGACAGUGUGUCUGCUGUUUUGCAGCACGUGUUACAGUCUUAGCAGAUUCUGUUCCAAGCUGAAACAUCUGGAUCUGACAUCUUGCGUAGCCAUCACAAACAGCUCUUUGAAAGGCUUAAGUGAGGGUUGCAGAAAUCUGGAACAUUUGAAUCUUUCCUGGUGUGAUCAGAUUACGAAGGAUGGUAUUGAAGCACUGGUGAAAGGGUGUAGUGGACUAAAAGCUCUAUUUCUUAGAGGUUGCACACAGUUAGAAGAUGAAGCAUUGAAACACAUUCAAAAUCACUGUCAUGAACUUGUAAUCCUGAAUUUGCAAUCCUGUACACAAAUUUCAGAUGAAGGCAUUGUAAAAAUCUGUAGAGGAUGCCAUAGACUUCAGUCACUCUGUGUUUCAGGCUGUAGCAACCUUACAGAUGCUUCUCUCACAGCACUUGGUCUAAACUGUCCAAGGCUGAAGAUUUUGGAAGCCGCAAGAUGUUCACAUCUUACAGAUGCUGGUUUUACCCUUUUAGCACGGAAUUGCCAUGAGCUGGAGAAGAUGGACUUAGAAGAGUGUGUUUUGAUAACUGACAGCACAUUGAUACAACUUUCUAUACACUGUCCUAAGCUACAAGCAUUGAGCUUAUCUCACUGUGAAUUGAUCACCGAUGAUGGGAUUCUUCAUCUGAGCAACAGUACGUGUGGUCAUGAGAAGCUGCAGGUACUGGAGCUUGAUAACUGUCUUCUCAUCACCGACGUGACUCUGGAACACCUGGAGAACUGCCACAACUUGGAGAGAAUUGAGCUGUAUGACUGUCAGCAGGUCACGCGAGCUGGAAUCAAACGGAUCAGAGCUCAUCUACCUCACGUGAAAGUUCAUGCUUACUUUGCUCCGGUAACUCCCCCUCCUUCGGUAGGAGGGAGCGGACAGCGCCUCUGCAGAUGCUGUAUUAUUCUCUGACAGUAAGUGCAACCACACAGAAAAUUUUGUUGUUGUUGUUGAAGAAAAGAAUGGGACUGCAAGUCAGUGGAAGGGGUCGGUUUCCUGACAGUCCUAGUGGUGGUAUUUGGUCAUCCAGUUUUGUGACAAGAAAAGCAUUUUUUUCCAGGUAAAAAUCUUAACGUAAUGUGCAGCUGUGGAUUAAGUUGGUGAUGCUUCGGUUUGUAUUAGUAACUCCUUCCUUCUGUUGGCAUGAGAACUGAAGUACCGUGUACAAUGUGCGGGCGUUUCAGCAUAGCAGCUACUUGGUGAAAGUUCACUGAACUUGGAAGUGAAUUUGUGUUUAUAAGCACUAUACGCGGUGUGAAGUUCUAACUUAACGUGGGGCUCAAGUCCAUCACACCCAGGAACUGAACCUGCUGUCCUGUACUAUACAUGACAGAUUAAAUACCAGGUUUAAGGACAAAUAAGCUUUAGCAGAUGUUGACCAAAAAACGCAAGGUAAUCAUGAGCUCUUACAGCAAAACAGCUUGUACUUUUUCAUGAUUCAGCUUCAUAUUUAAUUACAUUACAGGACAUAAUAGGUAAUGUCAAAAGGUUAGAUAGUACCUCAAGCUAACUGUAUAAAUAGAAACACUUUCCAAGUUUUGGAACUUGGUUCAGUUGAACUAGGUGUUAGUAUAAGGCUUGCCCGUCACUGAAGCACAUUUUAUGCCCAAUGCCAUCGGCCUUUAAAAAGGGUAAGAAACCCCCUGGGGUAGAGCUCCUGGACUCAGCCAUAGUGGGCUGCCACGAGCAGAGGUGGUGCUUCCUGUAACGCCAUUCCUGCCUGUCCUCAGUGACCUCCUCCCUCUGUAGGGACACAGGAGGCAGUGGUUCUAGGAUGAGGAGUGUUACUCAGGCUUUUCUACAGCUGGAGAAUGGAAACCAGGCUCAGCUACCGGCACUAGGCUGGAGCGAGGAAUCUGGUUCCAGCCCUUUGUGCCACCCACUUUAGGGACACAGCAAGCAGACGGGCAAACAAAGCUGUAGGCAGGAGGUGAACCAAACCAAACCUGUGGUUUUCAAAUGUAGAAAGCCAGACUCUUCACAUUUGGGUUAUUUAAGAAGCCGUCACCUUCUGAAUGAUAAUAAAAUCUAUGUAUUAACUCUUAAGGCCAUGCUUUUCAUCCUUAGAUUUCAGUACUAGAGGGUUAGAAAAAAUAAACUUUUUUUAUAUUAAGCAACUUAAUUAUCUGAGAUAACAGUUCAGAAAGCUUUUUUGUGUAAGAUUGGUUGUGUGUGUGUGUACGUUUUAAGAGUUCAGGGCCUGUGUGUUUACUGAAAACUAAUAGAAACGCUGGCUUGUAAAGCAGUUGGAGAAGCUAUUACUGCAAUUUCCCCCAAAAACUUUACCUACUCUUUAAAAAGAAGUGUGAACAAUAAGGGACUUUUGUGGAUAACAACGGCUGGGUUGUGUUUGUGCUUCACAGAUGAUGGGGAUGGUAAAGCAAGACCUCAAUUUGGGAGGUUAAAUUACAGAUUAGCGUGCAGUACGUGGAUUUCUUUGCUACUACAAAAUAAGCCAAUCAGGGCUUGUUUUGCGCCAUAGUGGAGGAGUGUCGUUACAAUUGUACUUCGAGUUCCAUUAAAAUACUGCAGUAAUGGAGAGUUUUAAGCAGAUUUUAUUCUCAACUGUACCAGGAAAAUCAUUGGUACCAGUAUUGUCAAGAUGUGUUGCCUUUUGUUGGCUCAUUUUUUUUCUAAGAACAUAAUGAACCUUGUAAGUCUAUUGCAUUGAAGAUGUACAGAAACAAAUGGAACCUACUCUGAUAUAGGACACUUAAAUAAACAGUCAGCUGAUGUCACAUUUGGAUUUGUUUCAAUUAUUUCAAAUUUAACCAAGUUUUCUAUUAGAAGCAGAAGAUCAACAUGCGUGUGUUGGGCACAGGAUAAAGGACUAAGCUGGUUUGCUUCCAUUACUUACGUUUACCUGCCAGUGGUGCUAGG